AUGAAGCCGCACGGCCGGGCGCAAGCGGAAGACGGCCGAAUGGAUGCCAGGCGGCGGACGGCCAAGCAGAACAACCCGGCGUCCAGCUUCAGCUUUUGCCGCGCCUCCCUGGAUCACACGCUGUCGGCUGAAGAGCUGAGCUACCAGCUGCCACGGCGCUCUGGAGGCAGCAACCUGACCUGGCAUGACGGCCGUAGCCAGAAGACAGCACACACGCGCACCGUCAAACUGCUGCAACAGCCUGGCACAGAGGACAUCCAGAUGCAACUCCAUCCAGGUGAAGCAUUCACCGUGUACCACACCAGCCCAACGUUGUCCAGUCUGUCCAAACCUGUGGUGCUGUGGUCUCAGCAGGAUGUCUGCAAGUGGCUUAAGAAAUACUGUCCUCACAACUACCUGACCUAUGUAGAAGCCUUCUCUCAUCACGCCAUCACAGGACGGGCCUUACUGCGUUUGAACGGAGAGAAGCUCCAGAGGAUGGGAAUCGUACAAGACACACUAAGACAGGAGGUUCUCCAACAAGUCCUCCAGCUGCAGGUCAGAGAAGAGGUCCGGAACCUUCAGCUCCUCAGUCGAACCUCCUUUGGAAACUUUUCUUAG